CUGAACUGAGCAGCUGAGAACGAGCGUCGCUGAGGACGUCAAGUAUUUUAGUUGAAACUUAUUUUAUGAGAGAGAAAAAUACAUAAGAAUUGAAUAUGUCACUGAAAAGCAUCAGCUCUAGACUGAGGAGUCUAAUGGAAAAGAGCCCUCUUGGAUCAAAUACUGUUUUUGGUUUCAUCCUCAUUGGCUUGGAGAAGUUACUGGAGAUGGAGUUUGCAUGUCCUUGUGAUUCCAACCGCAAUGUUCGACUUGUGGUUUCAUUAUUCAUUAAUCCUGCCUUACUGGCCUUUGUGCUGAUGAUAAGAAUCCAGGGAUGUAAGUGUGAGGGUAAAACAUCUUGGAAACAGUGGAUAAAACUUGUGCUUUCCAGCCUUGUUCCCCCCUUUUUGUGGUGGAUCCUCCUGCUUUUGGAUGGCCAGUACAUUGCCUGUGCAAAGUCAUCCCAGUCAGGAAGGUUUGUAGUGGUGGACAAUGCUUCUCGACAGAAAUUGUGCACACCGUACAACGGCAACUCAUCACAAGAGUUGAUCAACACCCAGAAAACCUAUGCCCAUUCUCAGGAAGCUGGAAUGUGGGCUAUGAUCUCUAUCACCAUAAUAUCAGUUAUAUUAAUGUUAAUCGAACCUUGCAACAAGACCCAGGGAAACGUACCCCCUCAAGAGAACCAACGUCAGGAUCUUGAAGCUUCAAAAAAUGAGGACAACAGUGGUUCUUUGAUCAGUGCCUCUCCUUCUGGUGGCCUUCAACUUGGACAAAUUGCAGAACAGUAGGCCUUCUAGAAAACAAAACAGAUACAACUUCAAAAAUGGACGAGGCUGGAGGAUUUGAUCUGAUCAUACGAUCAAAAGUAAAAAUCAUGGCUAAACCUUUGAAUAACUUUUGAUUGGCAGUUUCACAUGGUCAUGUUGAUGGCAGUAAGUCAUUGGGCUGUUAUGGUAAAAUAAAAUAAACAUUGUGUCUCCAAGCAUGUCUAAGUAUGGCUAAUUCAUAUGUCAGGCUGCAUAACGCAAACCAUACUUCCAUAUGUGUUAAUAUUGUAUAAAUAAACUUUAUUGUUUAAAUAAACAAAUAUAUUGUGUAACUAAAUAAGUUCUGGAAUGAGAGAGCUACACCACGUGGCUGUUAAUUAAGAAGACAUGUUUUGUUUUGAGCUUUUCAGGAUUCAGAAUGAAGUUUAGCUCUUUAAUAGCUGCUUUCACAACAAACUAAAAUAGUAGAAUUGUAAAGAUGAUUUCUGUAUCUGUCUCAUUUUGUAAACUAUGCUUAACUCCAUGCAAAAACUGUCAAUAUAAAGUUUCCUGUAACCAGUCUGAGUAAAUGUUUUGUAUUACAUUGUUUUAUCAGCCAGUUGUUGUUGACAUUUUUGACAUAUUUGUAUGUAUUUCUCUCAUCUUAUUUUAAGUUCU